CAGUGAGUAGCUGAUGCUAUAUUUCAGCAGGAUGUUAGUGGCCUGGGACUGUCCUGCAUGACUUUUGCUUCUGCUGUGUUAUUCAGCCUCAAUUCUGCCUACUUUUUAUCCUGCAUGGCUUGGAGCUGGAAUCUGUCAUCACUGGCCUCUGCUUGGUGUUUGCUUCAGAAGUGAGGGAUCUGACAGAGUUGUGCCUGCCCAGAUUCGUAUACAGCACUAAUACAGCACUAAGCACUUGCUGUAUGUUGCAUCGUCAGAAGGGGAGUCUCAGGGAUUCACACACUUGGACUUUACUUGGCUGCAUCUGCCAAACAAUCUAGUCUGCAUUUUGGUUAGCUGGAGACCAACCAGGAUUUUUCUGAUUAUAUCUUCUUCUGAAAAAAGGAUGCAUGACAUAGAAAGAAGGUCUAAGUGCCUGUCUGAGACUAUUUUACCAAACCUGGGAUAAAUGUUAUUUCUCAAAGGUACUGUUGUGUGAUUUACCAUGGAAAAAUUGCUCUGCAGCAUCCUGGUGUUUGGAAUGGCUGUCAUGGUCAACGCUUGUCCCAAAUAUUGUGUCUGUCAGAACCUGUCUGAGUCACUGGGGACUUUGUGUCCCUCCAAAGGUCUUCUGUUUGUACCACUAGACAUAGAUCGAAGGACUGUUGAACUUCGGCUCGGGGGCAACUUUAUUAUUAAUAUCAGCCGACAGGAUUUUGCCAAUAUGUCUGGGCUUGUUGACCUCACCUUAUCCAGAAACACAAUCAGUUACAUACAGCCCUACUCUUUCACUGACUUGGAGAGCCUUCGGUCUUUACAUCUGGACAGCAACAGGUUGCCUGACAUUGGAGAGGAUAUUUUGAGAGGCUUAAUUAACCUUCAGCACUUGAUUUUAAACAACAACCAGCUAAGCAGCAUCUCUGAUGAAGCCUUUGAGGAUUUUUUGCUGACAUUGGAAGACUUAGACCUUUCCUACAAUAACCUCCGAAGCAUUCCCUGGGAAUCUAUAAGAAAGAUGAUAAACUUGCACCAGCUCAGUUUGGAUCAUAACCUGAUAGAUUAUAUUACAGAAGGGACGUUUGCAGAUCUUCAGAAAUUGGCCAGGUUGGAUCUAACAUCCAACAGACUUCAGAAGCUUCCCCCUGAUCCUAUCUUUGCCAGAUCUCAAGUAAUUCCAUUAGCUGUUACCCCAUUUUCUCCACCUUUAUCUCUCAGCUUCGGAGGUAACCCCCUGCACUGCAACUGUGAGCUGCUGUGGUUAAGGCGACUUGACAGGGAUGAUGAUAUGGAAACUUGUGCUUCUCCUCCAGGUCUAAAGGGAAGGUACUUCUGGUAUGUACGGGAGGAAGAAUUUGUCUGUGAGCCUCCUCUUAUCACACAGCAUACUCACAAGUUGCUCGUUUUAGAAGGGCAAACUGCCACACUGAAAUGCAAAGCCAUUGGGGAUCCCACCCCCAUCAUUCACUGGGUGGCCCCCGAUGACCGCCUCAUUGGGAACUCUUCGAGGACAUCUGUCUAUGACAACGGCACCUUAGAUAUUCUCAUCACCACAUCCAAGGAUUACGGGACUUUCACAUGUAUAGCAGCCAAUGCUGCCGGAGAGUCCACUGCAACGAUCGAGCUCUCAAUUGUUCAGCUCCCUCACCUCACCAACGGCACAGGCCGAGCAGCCCCACCGAAAUCCAGGCUCUCAGACAUCACCAGCUCCAGCAAGUCUAACCGAGGGGAAACAAAAGGCCCACCAGAAAGGGCUGUCCUGGUGUCAGAGGUGACCACUACGUCAGCUUUAGUGAAGUGGACAGUGAGCAAGUCAGCCCCUCGGGUAAAAAUGUAUCAGCUGCAGUAUAAUUGUUCGGAUGAUGAAGUCCUGAUCUACAGGAUGAUUCCUGCUACAAACAAAGCCUUUGUCGUAAACAACCUUGUUUCUGGAACAGGCUAUGACCUCUGUGUACUGGCAAUGUGGGAUGACACGGCUACGACCCUUACUGCCACCAAUAUUGUGGGAUGCGCCCAAUUCUUCACCAAAGAAGACUACCCUCAGUGCCAGUCGAUGCACAGCCAGUUCCUGGGUGGUACCAUGAUUCUCAUCAUUGGAGGCAUCAUUGUGGCGACUCUGCUGGUGUUCAUUGUAAUACUCAUGGUACGCUACAAGGUCUGCAACAGUUCCCAGGGGAAGAUGUCCAACGUCAGCAAUGUCUACUCGCAGACAAAUGGAGCACAACCAGUUCAGAAUGGAGUCCUGCCCCAAGUAAACCCCAAAGUGGUGGUGAGAAAUGAACUUAUGGAGUUUAACUGUGAGUCUGUGCGGAGCAGCAUCUCCUCUUCUUCCAGCUCUCUGAAUAGCCGUGACUGUGAUAACUAUAGCCUCCAAAGUGAACAGGGCACAUUGUCCAGUAAGUGGAGGCCCCCCUCCAGGUCAAAACACAAUAUUGAUCGGCUAAUGGGAGCUUUUGCCUCCCUGGAACUGAAAUGUCAGAAAAAGGAGGAGACGACAGACUCCAGAACUUCCACUGUGGCUCAUCACUCGGACAAAGAGCCACUGCUGGGCCAGCCAGAGUCCAAAUUUCGCAGCCUCCUCAUGUUGCCUCUGGAGGGCAAAACUAAACGUAGCCAUUCUUUUGACAUGGGAGACUUUGCCACAUCUCAGUGCUGCACCUACCCAAAAAAGAUAACAAACAUUUGGACAAAGAGGAGCCUCUCAGUGAACGGCAUGCUUUUACAGUAUGAUGACAAUGACCUAACAGGGGCAAAAGGGACUUAUGGGAGUUCAGAGUGGGUAAUGGAAAGCACGGUGUAAAUAUCAGUGUCUCCCCCCAUCUUCUCCCCUCAUGUGUUAUAAAGUGUGGUUUGCUGCAGAGCCAUGCAUUUGGAAGGAGAGGGGGGUAAAUGUUUUCAGAUGUACUGGCCAAUAAAUAAGAAAGG